UGUCAAGCUGUGUUUUAUUCAGUUCCGUUAAAUCGACCCUUCGUUGACCUGCUACAUCUCCUAACAUCCCCUCGGCUGGUGCCCUCUGCUUGGAGCGAGUCCUUUUCGUGUUCGCCGCAUCCUCUCCGCCACCGCUCGACGCCCGACCCUCCCUCCGCAAUAUCUCUCGCUAGUCCGUCAUUCUCUUGUCCCAACUCCGCGGCCCUCCCCUCUGUCCAAGUGUUACUCUGCUCCUGUCGCUGUUAAAAAUUGUCAACAUGGGAGGCUCCUUGUCUCGUAUGUGGUCCUUCCUCUGGACGAAGAAGGAGAUUCGCAUCCUCAUCCUCGGUUUGGAUAACGCCGGAAAAACAACCCUUCUAUACAGACUCAAGAUUGGUGAAGUUGUUACUACGAUACCAACCAUUGGUUUCAACGUCGAAUCGGUGACGUAUCGCAACCUGAAUUUCAAUGUCUGGGAUCUCGGAGGUCAAACGUCCAUUCGACCCUACUGGCGCUGCUACUAUGCGAACACGGCUGCUGUCAUAUUCGUCAUUGAUUCCACAGAUAUUGAACGUCUCAGUACGGCUGCCGACGAACUAGCGGCCAUGCUGAAUGAGGAGGAGCUUAGUGAUGCGGCGCUGUUGGUAUUCGCCAAUAAGCAGGACCAGCCUGGCGCCAAAGGUGCCGGCGAGAUAUCAGAGGCUCUCAAGCUGGGAGAGCUCCGGGAUAGAAACUGGAGCAUCGUCGCAUGCUCUGCUAUCGACGGUAAAGGUCUUAACGAAGGCAUGGAUUGGCUGGUGCAAACUCUACAGUCUGAAAAUGCAUGAGCGACGGUGUUAUUGUACCAUCUUAUAGAUUUCUUCGGAUAUAUGUUCUCGCUUCUAGGUGGUAGGGAUCGGCUGCUUCCUGAACGCUUUCUCGUUCUUCCUUGGUGUCUUUCACUUAUCCCCACUUUUACAUCCUCUUUUCUCUUGCAACUCUGUUCAGGGCUCAUGUCGUUUAUACAGUAUACCUUUUUGAUAUCGAAACCUUCACACUUAGUAUAAUAUCAUAAUUAUUUGAAAUGACUGGAUGUGUUCUACAGCAAUGAUUUACGCCGCUCUAUGUUAUGGUUAGGAUGAAUUUGCAGGGUUCGUCCAGCCUUGGUGCAGAGAUGUGAAGACUUUAGCCAAAGGAUAUUAAGAGGUGCUCCCAGGUGUAUAUUAGAAAUGUC